AUGGCCGGCCUUGCAGAAGGCGUAGGUUGCGAUGAUGAUGCAGGCAGCGAUGAUGAAUUAGACGGCCUAGAGGAAGCCAGGACGGGGCUUGAUAUGCUCCUGCGCUCGCUUGCCCCUGGUGUCCUCGCUCCCAGGCUUCCUACUGCAAAGCCAGCACUAGUCGAGAGGGUGCACCGCGACCACCCACCGGUUUCUUCAAGCUCGGAUUCCAUCCGGGGGCGAGGGGCGACCGACGUGCAGACGCAGGCGUUUCGCAAGCACGCCGGCACGACGAAACACAGGCUGGCGAUGGAGAAGCAAGAGGCUCUGCUGAACGCGGCCUCAAAGCAGCCACGGAUCGACCAACAUCGAGCCGCCAUCGAUGCUGAGAAGAACCGCGUCGUGGCGUUGCUCGACUCCAUGCUGUUCGUCAGUUCCUGCGAUGCGCCAAUGGGAACAUGGGUGAAGCUGGUGCAGUACCUCGCGCGUAAGGGUGUCCAGGGCUACCCUAAGAAGAAAUAUGGCACCUACUACACAACGGAGGCACUUGCAGCGAAGGAUGCAGCAGAGGAGCUCCCCGUCUUCGACAUGGUCGACGAUCUCAUCCGGGCAGUGGCGGAUUUGCUUGGUCGGUCGGGACCGCGCCACGCACGGUUCAUGGACCUGCAGGAAGUCAUCACCGAAACGAGCCUUGAAGUGCAAGGCAUCCAUUCCGUUCGGUGGUUGUCAAGGGGGGAUGCCGUUCGUCGCCUUGUCGCUGUUUUGCCGGCAGUGAUUGUGCUGCUGAAGGAGCUUAACAGCAAGAUGUACAAACUGGCAAGCUCCUACCGUUUUCACUUAUUCCUUUACUUCCUGGCUGAUGUGCUUGAGCAGCUCAACAUUUUGAACAAGACCUUCCAGCAGAAACAGCUCGAUCUGGUGUCUUUGCAUGCGCAGAUCAAGCGGACAACGCGUCACAUCGAGAGCCGCUACGUGGACUGCGGCGAUGACUUCGGCGGCGGCAUGAGCCAGUGGCUGUCACCUUUCCUGCUGCGCCAUGGCCCGGGGUGUAGCCGCGAAGUGAAGGUGGAAGGUGUCGACAGUGACGGCCGACCAUCUUCUAUCACGUUCACCCUUCACGACGAGCCCGUGGACUCGUACAGCGGCCCGGAGGACCACGACGGGUGCAUCCAGUUGUGCACCGAGUUCGCAGAGAGGAUCGUGGCGAACCUGGAGAGAAGGCUCGGUGAUCUCGACUCCCUCUCUGGAGUCCGCCUGUUCACACCAGAUGCAUGGCCACAAAGCAAGUCUGAGCGGAACGCUCGUUGCCUGGAGUGGCUUCAGUCGCUGGUGACGAUGUUCAAGGCUCAAAACCGUGAGGACAUCUUGCCAGGCGAGAACAAGAAGGGCAAGCACGAGGAGGAGCCAGUAGAUGUAGAUGAUGAGGAGGAGCCAGUAGAUGUAGAUGAUGAGGAGGAGCCAGUAGGAGAUGCAGGAGGUAGUUCUAGUGAUGAAGAUGAAAUGAGCAGCUAG